GAUUUUAUUUGCUGCUCAUCUGAAGUCCAUGUGGAAGUCUUUUCCGGUAACUUGACUUUGCUCAGAUGUUUAGAAAGUAGUUCCAAAAUGCAAGCGUCAAAACGAUUGAUAACCCAAACAAUGCAUAUGAAUGUUAGCAGCUACUGUAGAAGAAUUGCCGCAAGAUUACAGACCACAGCAGUAAAACAUUUAUACCAGUCAAGGGCAUAUAGUGCAGAAACAAUUUCAGCUCCAAAUGUAGAAGGCAUGGAAAAGCAUUAUCAACCAAAAAUAGUAAAAUUAGUAGAAGAUAUUGGACAGCUAAAUCUUUUAGAAGUAGCAGAUUUAAAUGAAUUAUUAAAAAAAACUUUAAAUAUUCAAGAUGCACCAAUGAUGGCUAUGGGCAUGGCGGCUGCAGCACCAAAGGAAGAUGAAGAAGACAUUAUGCCUGUAAAAGAGAAAGUUAUAUUUUCUGUCAAGUUGACAAAAUAUGAAGAUAGUAAAAAGAUUCAGUUAAUUAAAGCUGUUAAAGGAUUAAUACCUGAUUUGAAUUUAGUUCAGGCAAAGAAGUUUGUGGAGUCUAUUCCUCAGGUUGUUAAAGCUGAUCUUCCAAAAGAUGAAGCAGAACAAUUAAAAGCAGCAUUAGAAGCAGCAGGGGGAGUAGCAGAAAUCGAAUAAAAUAAUAAGAGUGUAGAAAAACAAUAACGAAAACAUUUUGUGUGGAUGACACAAACUAUUUUUAGCCACAAACAUUGAGUAGUGAUAACACAGAAAUAAGAAUAACGAAGAGUGUUUUUUGUUUAAAAGAUACAUUAUUCAAGUGCUAAAUUUGCCUAUUGCAGGUCUUUCAUUAGGCCUUAAAUGUUAUAUAAAUUAUUAAUUAGACAUUUAUUAACAUGACGAAAUCAACUCGAGAUGCCAUCAGAUACUUGAGAUUUUAACUAGAUUAGAACGGUUCGGCCAUUUUAUGAUUUAAUUUUAAAAUGGAGAAGCGAGGCUAAGCCUCAAAUAUACCAGUACCAUGGUUACGAUAAUACACAAUCAAUGCACACAUCUUGUCAAAACUACAAACAGUGAUAACCUAGCUCAGAAUAAAGUAAUUUGAAUGAAA